AUGGCUUCAUCAGCAGACAAUGUGGCGCCUAUUGAGAGCAACGGCGCAAAGAGAUAUUUCGAAACACCUCUACGAAGUGAGGAGGGAUCACGAGGCAACUACAGAUUCAAGAAUAAGCGGAUGAAAAAUGGCCAUGCUGAGCAGAGUACAAUCCUCAAAACGAAUGGGACCAACGAGGAAGUCUUACUCGAAGACGUGACAGCGCUCAUUAAAAAUCUCAAUGUGCAAAGAGAAGGAAAGGAAAACUCGACCAACCUGCCAGAAAGGUUCACCGAGAUCCAAGUUGAGAUCAAGGAAAUAUCAUCGACAGGAGAUGGUAUCGGUUUUCAGCAAGGCGCAGAGUCGGACCAAGUCUACGUCGUGCCCUUUAGCGUACCAGGAGAUGUUGUAACCGCGCGGCCACACAAACACUUUGAGAAGGAAAAGUACUCCAUGGCUGAUUUUGUAAACGUCAUAACGCCCUCGCCUCACCGUGAUGAUUUGCUAGUCAAAUGUCCCUACUUUGCCAGUUGUUCAGGUUGCCAAUUCCAAAUGCUACCCUACGACUUCCAGCUGCAGCACAAGAGGUCCAUUGUUGAAAAGGCCUACAAGAACUUUUCAAAUCUACCUCCUGAGCCCAUUCCCACCAUUGGCGACACUAUUGGCUCACCACUCCAGUACGGAUACCGCACAAAACUCACUCCCCACUUUGACGGCCCACCAGACGCCCGCCGCAGUGAUGGCCGCAACGGAAUCAAACGUACCUUCAAAGAACUCCCACCCAUCGGCUUCAUGAAGAAAGGAACCCGCAUAACAAUCGACAUAGAAGACUGUCCCAUCGGGACAGAUGCCGUACGUGCCGGCAACAAGCGUGAGCGCAAUCGCGUGGCAGACACCCUUUCCACGUACCACAAAGGCGCCACACUACUCCUCCGAGAAAGCACAACCCGAGUCCCAAAAGCAGACUACGACGUGAGCAAAGAAGAGGACAGCGACGCUAUCGUCGAAGACAGAGGCGAUCAUAUCCACAUCAAAACAUGUACAACGGACUCCAACGCAAAAACCACAGAAUACGUAGACGACUUCCAAUUCGUCAACCCCGCUGGUUCCUUUUUCCAAAACAACAAUAGCAUCCUCCCUGUCUUUACACAGUACAUCCGCGAACACAUUUUACCCUCGACCCCGGGACACAAGAUCACGCAUCUCAUCGAUGCAUACUCUGGCUCUGGGCUCUUCACCAUCACGCUAUCGAGCUUGUUCAAAAGCUCACUCGGAAUCGAUAUCUCGUCCAGUAGCAUAGAAUCUGCAUCUACAAAUGCAAAGCUGAACAAUUUGCCGGAGAGCUCGACGCGCUUUAUUGCUGCAGAUGCGGCGAGGUUGUUUGCAUCGAUCGAGUCGCCGGCUGAGGAAACGGUGGUUAUGCUUGAUCCGCCGCGCAAGGGCUGUGAUGAGUCUUUCUUGCGCCAGUUGGUGCAGUAUGGUCCAGCGAGGGUGGUGUAUGUGAGCUGUAAUGUUCAUACGCAGGCUAGGGACAUUGGUGUCUUGGUCGGUGGCAUGAAGGGAGUUGAUGGCGGGUUCGGAAAGGGAGAGGGGUGCUAUGAGAUUGAGAGUUUGAGGGGCUUCGAUUUCUUCCCACAGACGGGGCAUGUGGAGGGUGUUGCUGUACUGUCCAGGAAGGCUGGUGGGCAGAAGAAGGAAUAG